AACAAAUGAACUAUUGAUAAUCGUACAGGUACCAUGCCUUAAAAUCACGUAAUAUAUAUAUAUAUUCCAGUACGAUUUGAGAUGUCAGUUUUUGUUUUUCAUGAGUUAAGGCAACGGAUUUUGACAUGUUAUUGACACAUUCAUUAAGGCCGAUAUAUUGACUGAAUGUUCAUCGUACGAAGUACGAACAACGAGAAAAUCGUGAGAGUUUGAGCGUAUUUAAACUUGAAGAGAUAUGUCUCGCUAUAGAGAAUGGAACUUAAACUGUAAAGUAUAUGUGGGAAACCUUAACAGUGGUGCAGCCAAACAUGACAUAGAGGCAGCAUUCAACAAGUUUGGCCCACUUAGAAACGUUUGGGUUGCUCGAAACCCUCCUGGAUUUGCGUUUGUUGAGUUUGAAGACAGCAGAGAUGCUGAAGACUCCGUUCGAUCUUUGGAUGGGAUGAGAGUGUGCGGUAGCAGAAUUAGGGUAGAGAUGUCUCAUGGCCAGUCAAGAAGAGGAGGAGGUCGGCAUCCACCCCCACCUCCACCAAGGCCUGACAAAACAUUACAGGAUACUCAUCUUGACUUCAGCCCGAGCAAGGUUUCGCCAUCACUUUGAAUUACCCCAUCAAUUUCUUCCAACUUCCCAGUAAACGGUGAUCUUCUUUAUAAACAGACAAAUAUCACUGCAUUUCAGCAAUCAAAUGUCCACUUCCUAAACAAACAUCGCAACCACAUCUUUGAUGUUUUCAUUGGGCCUAUCUAUCGUCGUCGGCCGAGCUACCAGUCGUCGUACCAAUGUGGUACAAUGCAAUCACCUUUUCCGUUCAUCUUGGGUAUUGACCCUGGAUGCAUCAUUCACGACAUUUCUAUCCAUCUUUGCUUACAGCAGAUUGGCUGGUGCUCUGGUCAGUUCUAGCCAGUCACGCAUCACCUGAACAGAUGUCAUCUUGUAGUUUGCCACAUGCUUCUGAGUUACUGGUCUCGAUCUCCCAGAAGGAACUAUUCUCGAAGCAGAAGCCGUAGUUACAGCCGAUCUCGCAGCCCACCUUAUCGUGGCCUAAGUCAAUCACCUAUCAGGAGGUGAAAAACUGCAUGGAUUGGGUUUUUCUGGA